AUGUUUCUUUUUCUUUCUUUCUUUCAUUCUUUCUUUCUUUCCAUUUUCAUACUUUUAACAUCACGUAAUUCUUUCUUCCUUUAUUUAUUUCUUUCGCCAUCACGACCGCCAUUUUUUCUUUCUUGCUCGUUUUCUUUUGCCACCAUAUCAUUACUUCUUUCUUUAUCUUUUCUCACCUCAGGUGGCACCAUAUGCCAAUAUCUCUUUCUUUCGUCCAUAUCUUUCCUUUAUUUGUUCUUUACUUUCAUUCUUUCUUUUUCUUUCUUUCCUUCAUUAAACAGCGUAGGCACCAUCUCUUGCUCAAUAUAUUUCUUUCUUUCUUUCUUUCUUUCUUUCUUUCUUUCUCUUUUUUCUUUCUUUCUCCGGUUUUUCUUUCUGUCUUUCUUUCUUUUAUACCUUGACGACCACAUCACUUUUUUAUACUUUCUUUUUCUUUUUUAUUUGCCGCCACCACCACCUCAGCUUCUUUCUGUCUGUCUGUCUUUCUUCAUUUCUUUCUUUUUCAUUCAUUCAUAUAUUCUUACUUUUUACCUCUACUUUUUUCUUUCUUUCAUACUAUUAACGAGGCCAUGUUCUUUCUUUCUUUCUUUCCUUUUUGAUUUCUUUAUUUCUUUCUUUAUUUUCUUCCCGAAUUCCUACUUUUCUUUUGUCUUUAUUAUUUCUUUCAUAAUUUUACCACCACCACCACAUCAUUCAUACUUUAUUUAUUUAUUACAUUUACCAACAGAUUGUUCUUUCUUUCUUUCUUUCUUUCUUUUUUUCUUUCUUUCUUUCUAA